AGCGGGCGUCGGGGGUCCGCGCAGAGUGCACAGUUCGAUUUGUUUUGGUUCAUGCAGACUGCGCUUUGUCACGGGGAGCCAAGGUCCACCGCGACACUUUCACCUGACCGCUACACGCCUGGGACUCGCUGCCAACGCUGGGAACAACUCCUCCUCCGAGCUCCGUGUUUCGCCACCCCCCUUUCGGCACCGCCGCCCUCCCCGUAGCUCUGUUAUCGGACCCCAGAAGCUGGCCUGCUAGUUAGCAAACAAGCUAACGAUUGCCAGAUUUCACCCAUGUCCUCUGAAGAAGGGUUCAGUUCAACGAUCACCGAUUGGCUUUUCAUCAAUUCCUGGUGGCUCCUUCUGCCGUUCAUCAUGCUCCUCGUAGUUGCCGCCUUCAUCGUUGCCUUCGUGUUGCUGUUAUACAUGAUAUCGCCUCUCAUUAGUCCCAAGCCUCUGAAACUGAACGGGGCCCACGUCGUGGUGACCGGAGGCUCGAGUGGGAUUGGGAAAUGCAUUGCGAUUGAGUGCUACAGGCAAGGAGCGUUCAUCACUUUGGUGGCACGAGACGAGGAUAAACUGCUCCAAGCAAAGAAAGAGGUGGAGAAAUUUGCCAUCAAUGACAAGCAGGUGGUGCUCUGCAUAUCAGUGGAUGUUUCCAGUGAUUAUAGUCAGGUGGAAAAUGUGAUAAAACAGGCUCAAGAGAAGCUGGGGCCUGUUGAUAUGCUCGUGAACUGUGCUGGAACGUCCAUUUCUGGAAAGUUUGAGGAAGUGGAGGUGGAUCGUUUCAAAAAACUGAUGGAAGUGAACUACCUGGGCAGCGUUUACCCAACACGAGCCGUCAUCACCACCAUGAAGGAGCGGAGAAUGGGCCGCAUCAUGUUCGUGUCCUCCCAGGCGGGACAGAUCGGUCUGUUCGGAUACACUGCCUACUCCCCGUCCAAGUUUGCGCUGCGCGGCUUAGCGGAGUCGCUGCAGAUGGAGAUAAAGCCAUACAAUAUCUAUGUGACUGUGGCGUACCCUCCUGACACUGACACUCCAGGACUGGCUGAAGAGAACAAGACAAAGCCUCUAGAGACCAAAUUAAUCGCUGAAACCUCUGGAGUUUGUCAACCAGACCAAGUGGCCAAAAUCGUUGUUAGGGAUGCAGUGCAGGGGAACUUCAACAGCUCCGUCGGUCCUGAUGGUUACAUGCUCUCAGCCCUCACCUGUGGAAUGUCACCUGUCACCUCCAUCACAGAAGGUCUCCAGCAGAUCGUCACCAUGGGAUUAUUUCGGACCAUUGCCCUCUUCUACCUGGGGAGCUUCGACAGCAUCGUACGCCGCUGCAUGAUUCAAAGAGAGCAGUCGAAAGCAGCUGACAAGAGGGAGUAACGGGAGCCUUACCUUCUUCACAACCCAACGCCCCCACUUUCUCCACAGCUCCCACCAUCCAGUCCCUUCCUCCAGCUGUACAAGUGCACAACCGUAGGUGGGGGGAAAAAAACAGGCCAAGUCAAGUGCAUUUCUGAUAUAAAAAAAAAAAACAACAACAGAUGGGAUGAAAGAAAGUAGCAGAUGUUUACUUGUUGCUUUUCCAGUGACAUAACCACUCCAUAGACUCCAUAGCCAUGUUUGAUUUCUCACUCCUCUCAGAGCAUUCCAGUGACUUUGGUUUAAUGUGUCCACCUGCUUCUUUUUGUGGGAGCAGCCUUACUUUAGGGGAAUGAGGGCAGACUAAACAUCCCGCAGCCUGGUUUUAAAGUAGGUAGGCCUCGUGAACCUGUGACAUUACAGCUGUCGGGCCCUCCCCGCCUUGAUUUGCACAGUAACGUUUUACUUCUCGCAGAGAGGAAAAGCAACAGAUAGCUUGUCUGACUGGUUGUGCCAAAUACGGCUUGAAAUUCCCUCCCACCAGGGGCUGUAGUGGAAAAAACAGAAUGGUAACUGUCACCUUUUUUGUCAUGUUGUUGCAUGUACCACAAAACGAUCUCCACCUGAAAGAAUUUUACAGUUUUCACUAAAUAAGCCCACUGUUCUCCACCUUCUUUCGCACCACAAGUCUUUGCAGGCAAAGCACCUUCCCUUUUUCGACUGAAUAACCUCUGUGUUUGAAACCGGUCGUGACCCUCAGCGUUUUUGUUUACGCUGUGGGAUGUUUUGUUUUUGUGCUCCGUGUUUGAACCAAGCCGAGAUACAACAGCACUAUUCAGUGACAUUGGAGAGUGAGAGAGAGAGCAUGUUUUUUAUUUUUAUUAUUUUACUAAUGCAAAAACAUAAUUUCCACAAAAUAAUAACAUUCAAAAUUUGUACAUGCAGUGUUGGGGAGAAGAGUUGUGGAUGAGCUGUGUGCAUGAAUGCGUGUGUUUGUGUUUGCUGUGACUGAGCCGACCCCCGGGGAGAGAAAAGCCAUUAGAUUUUAUUGUCUCGGGAAUUAAAGACACCAAAUUAUUUUCUCAUCAUUCCAGCUAGGUUAAUUGAGAAAGGGGACAGCAGGUACUAUGGGUUUGAAGCCAUGAAGUCAAAAGAUGGAGAGAGAGAGAGAGGAAAAGAAAAGAAAAAACAGCACAUGUGAUUUCACGUUUCACCUGUGCAUUUAAACCAAUAUACUUUUAUAACACUUUAAAUUUGUGAAAGGAAGCGUAUCAUUUUUACAUGCAGUUCUAUGUGUCGGUGCACAUAUUCAGCCACCCCCCAGGCAAGAUCCGAGCAGGAUCCAUACUCUGUUGGGCUGGCGCAAGUCAGGAAAGUGCAGGACUCGCUGGUUCGAGUCAUGUCUCUGUAGGUGUAGUGAGGGCGCUGGAGAUUUGUCUUACACAAAGGCCAAAAUAGUAGAAGGACGAGCGUGGAAGUGGGAUCCCUGUCCUUCUUAUUUUGACCUGCUGUUACCCCUGUCAUGCACAGCUGGGACUUUCUAGCUCUGACAAUGACAAUAUCGAUUCCCUCCUGAGUUCUGUCGAGCCCUGAAAAAUCUUUUAUUCACCUUUAUGACUUUCUUAAUGUUUUUGCAUACAGAGGGAGAGAGAAAAAAAAAAGUACAGCUUGGACUCUUGUAAGUCUUCCUUUGGUCCAUCACAAUCGGGGAGAAUGUACUUUAAUACAAAGCAUACAAAUCAGAACAUAGGAUUAUUAUUUUUAAAUACACCAAUAUUUGAAUGCCAAAAUGUGUUAAGACAAUUUCUGUAGAUGCAAUGCAUUUAUUUGCGAUUUAUGUUUUUGUUUUUCAAUGUUGCCGCUCUGGUUGAUCUUAGUUUGUAAAACCUGUGGAGCAGCUGUGGGGAGCCAUUCUAAGCCUUAAGACGUGACUACUGACGAAGCGACCGCUAUGAGAAUGGGCUCGUCCACAGAACAAUGUGACUUAACCCGCGUGUGAUUUACCACAUCAGUUAAUACGACUUUUUGGUGUUUUAAAAAAGAAAACAAAACAAAAAAAAUACCAGCUGUUUUGUGUAUUUGGUCGAUUUCUAGUCUUUGUAUGACAAAAGAAGCCUUACUGAAAAAUCCAAGAUAUGAAAGUGAGAAUGGAUGACUCAUGUUGUGAUGAUGUUCUCAUUUGAUAUUGGUUUAAAGGCAUCCUGUCCUGCACUUCAAGAGCUUUUCAUAAUUGUACAUUUCUUGCUUUCAAAAGUUCUCUUUUACCUUGAGGUAGCAACACAUAGCUGAUAGAACAUGUAGCUCAUAUUUGGGAAAAACAAAAGAAAAGCAGUUUUGUUUUAAUUAACACCUUUAAGCUAUGCAAAUGAAGCCUAUGCUUACAAUAUGUUUAAACAUAAAGAUUUGAGUUGUGUAACAGUCACACUAGCUUCCCCUGUUUAAUGGUGUCAUCAGCAGCAGAUACUUAAUGAGUUUAAAAGUACUGAACAUGAAAGUCAUACUGCACUCUUUUGUUUUCAUUCUUCUUUUUUUUGCUUUUUUUACUUUUAUCUGCCAAAAAACUUAACACCUUCACCUUGUGUGCCAUUGAAAGAAAAUGUGAGAAGUG